AUGGUGGUGGUGGUGGUGGUGGUGGCGAUGGUGGUGGUGGUGGUGGUGGUGGUACCAUCAGAUAAUAUGGUGGCGCCAUCCGCGGGUUGUACGGCAGGGCAGCUGUGUCAGUUCCUGGGCCCUCCGCCCGCCGCGUUCACCAAACCCGUGCCACUGCCGCUUCUCUCGCCCCUCCUCGCGCUUAUUAAUGGGGCCCCCCAAGCCCUAUCUUCCACCACCUCCACCACCUCCACCACCACCUCCGCCGUCGCCGUCACCAACCUCUCCCUGGCCGCGUCCUCCUCCGUCCCCCUCAUCACCUCCACCGCCUCCACCGCGACCCUCCCCAGCACCAACACCCCCCUCACCAUCUCCUCGAGCCUCCCCGCCUCGCUCUCCUCCAUGCCAAGCAGCAAUGGUGGCGGCGGCACCACCACCGCUGCUGGCAUCACUGCCGUACUCGACAGCCGCAGCGUCAUGGACAUCCGAAACGUGGCGGCUAGCUGCGGGUUUAGCAGCCGUGUUUUAGCGGAUAUGAUCCGUCCGGACGGUCGGGGGCUACAACGUCAUGCAGACCCACGGGUCAUUGAGCGUGUGGGACUGCACAUGGUGAAUCAGGGUUUUACGACAGCGCAGGUGUACCGCUUUUUACUGCCAAACGGAGGUUGCGAGUAUGGCCAGCUGGAUCCACCUACUGCAGCUGCCGUACGUGCCGUACUAUUGGCAGCGGGAUUUUCAAUUGCUGACCUUAAGACUCUCUUAACUAACAACGGUACAACCAUAACCACAACCGCCUCCGCCGCGACCUUGGCGGCAGUGGCCUACACCCUGGCGGCGUCGGGCGCCACCGCCGACCAAAUACGGCACCUCCUGCGCCCGCCGCCGGGUGCCGUACCCGCGCCGCCACCUCAAUCACCAAAAUCUGGCGGCGGCGGUGGUUCUUCUCCCGCCGCCGCCGCCGCCGCCGCCGCCGACAGCGUGUCCAGUCUCGCGGUGGCGAUCCUGAAGGGCCUCAUGUCGGCUGGGUACGAAGAUCAUCAGCUGGAUCUGAUUUUGCGUAAGGACGGUACGGCACUUCGAGCCGACGUAGGGCCCUUGAGGCUGGCCCAGAUGGUGGCGGCUCUGGCGGCUGCGGAGAUUCCGGCAGCAACCAUCCGGUUGUUUGUCAGGCCUCUGGGUGGUGUCCAGCCGGCUGUGGCGCUCAGUCUGCGAGCAGCACUUGAGCAAUGUCCCGGGUUCGACUCCGAACGUGUGCAGGCAGCUUUUAGUCCGGAGUUAUAUGAGUUGGGACCGUCUGUAGAGCCAUCCACCUUGGCCGACAUCGCCAACGCCCUCAGUACGGCUGGCGUCAGUGCUGACGUCAUCAGGCAGCUUCUCAGCCUUCCCCCGGGCUUGGGAUCCGGAUUUGGACCGGGAACCAACAUCUCCAACCUCCUAACCGUCGCCUCCGCUGCCGCCACCGCCGCCGCCGGGGGUGGAGAGGCCGCCACUGCCGCCCCCGCCGCUGCACCAGCGGCGGAGGGGUCCGUGGCGGCGGCUCCGUCGCCCGGGGGUUAUGUGACCGCGUUGCGAGGGUGCCUUUUCGCGGCCCGAUGGGCGGAGUCCCUCCCCAACCCGGCAGACCUUAUGGACAUGCAUGAUCCCGCCAAGGUGGUGGUGGCACUGGCCGACGGGGGCUACCCCAGUGAGGAGAUCCGGGCAUUUGUCGGAACUGACCCGAAGCUGCUUACAUCGCCCGCCUUUCUGAGGGCCAGUGGACCUAUGCCGCCGCCGGGUACGGCAGCGGGCAGUACGGCAGCAGGGGCGGCGGGCGCUGGCGGCAGCGGCAGUGGCUUUGUUGCGGCGGUGCUGGCGCGUGGUGGUGGUGGCGGCGGUGUUGUGAACGGGUCUCUUGGUGUGGGUGUUGUGGGUGGGGGCAUGUCUUCGGCCAUGAGGAUGAGCGACCCGGGCUUCUCAAGGAAUGUCAACAAGCUUCGACAAAACGCCAACCACCGUCUCGCGCUGCUAAGUAAUGCCGUACCCGGAUCCGGUUCCGGAGCGUCUCCUGUACGAUUUACGACGGACGGUGCUCCUCCGAGGAUUCCGGAGCAGCCGACGGCAGCGCCGCCGGCGUUUCCAGAUUUUGAGUAUCGGCUUGGCGGCGGUGGGGAAGGUACGGCAUCAGCGGCGGCGGCGGGAGUCGAGCCGGCGGUGGCGCUGUCAGUGAUGGUGGUGCCACUGACGGCAGAACAGCUGCUGGCGUGGAUGGCGGGCGUACGGCAGCUGGUGCCAAUGGCGCUGCCCCCAGCGGUGGCGGGAGUGGAGGUGGAGGUGGAAGUGGCGGGAGUGGAGGCACCCUCCCAGCCACAACUACCAACUGUCGAGCACAGUACCCUAACCUCCACCAACACCCCUCGUGCAACUAACAACGACCCGUUUCUACGACGAUCUCUGGAUCCCGGAUACCUCCGGGCGCUGCCGGCGGGGUACGCGCGAGCCUGGGGUGAUACGUCGUACAGUCGUACUGGUAGCGGCAGCUUGCUUGAGGGUCGUACUCCGGCGCCGCUGGUGUACAGGUCCCUGCCCCACCGCGCCAACCCCUCCGCCACCGCCGCCAAGGCCGGGAGUCCGCGGGAAACCUUGCCGCCAUGGCCGCUGCAGCGUGCAUUCGUACACCCACAUCCGGCGUCACCAUCAUCUAUGUCGUACACAGCGGCGGCGGCGGCGGCGCCACUGACGUCGUACGGGCGGCUGGUGGUGGAGCUGCCGGGCAGCCCGUCAGGUGCACCGUCGUCGCCAGGGCAGUACGGCUUCCGGUCCGCCGCCGCCGCCACCGCUACAGGCGCCGUUGGUGCCGUCGGUGGUGGUGGCGGCGGCGGCGGUGCUGCGCCUGGUACGGCAUCAUCUUCCUCACUCCCGGGGCUGAGUCCCAACGGUCCGGUCCGGUCUAUGGCGGUCUCCGGUGACGGCAGUGGCCGCGGCUUUUCACAGCCUCCUUCCCCCUCUCGUCAUUCGGCUAACUCUGGUGCCGUACAUGUGGGUCCCAGUACUCCUAGGCGGCCUUCCAGCUCCGGAACCAUCGUGACAGCGGCGGGCGGUGGCGGCCGCAGUGGCGGUGGUGGCGGCGGUGGAGGAGAGGCGGAGAGCCUGGGUACCCGGCUUCCGGCGCUGAGGAGGACCGCAAGCACGGAUAAACUCGGGGUUGCGGUUUCAAGUCCCGUCGCCAGUCGUACGACACCUGAGACCUCACCCACUGGUGCUGUUGCUACGGCUGCCCCGCUCUCACCAGAGGCAUUAUUUGUACGGCUGCUGGCAGAACUGCUACGCUGGCUUGAGGCGCCUCUGGCCGACGACACCUCCAGCUCGUCCUUCUGGACCUCCGACGGCUUCGGGACCUUCCGGAAGGGUUGUACGACAGCCGCAGCUGGCAGUGGUGGUGGUGGUGGUGGUGUGGGCGGUAGUGGUGGUUGUGGUGGUGGCUGGCAGUCCUGGCUGGCGGCUCAGAAAGUUCGUCUGGCCACCCAGUUCGCGCAGCUGGAGACAACGGUGGCUGCGGCGGCCCAGCAGCAGCAGGAGCCCGGCAAGGGCGGCGGUGGAGGAGGAGGGCCCGUAAGAAUCGCCUGA